UUUUCCUUCCGCUUUCCGUUCACCCUCAACCAUAAUGUUAAAUUUUACACGUUUUGCCACGUUAGAAAAGGUGGUGGUGAUGUGGCGUAGUGGUAGUAGUCACCCCUACAACAAAGUUGGCCAUGAAUGCAGCAAGACCCUUGCAUAGUUCCGUCUAUCAUCAAGCUCACAUCUCGAGGGGCCGCUGCCACGACAAUACAAGGCGGCAUGCUGUGAGAGCAAUACUGGCGAACACGAUGUACGUGACGCGCAUAAACCCCUGGGCGCGCCCAGACGUCGGCCGAAGCGGGGAACAUGUUAAAGCGGCCCCAGCAUUCAAUCAGCGCUCAGUUCGUAUGCGAUGGGAUCGACCCGCCAACCCGAUGAGAGCGUCGAUGACAUUCAGAUUGCGCAAAGGGGGUGGCAGGUCGUUCCAGCACCGAGUAGCAGCGAAUCUGAAAGAGCCGCGAAACGCCAUGGAGCGGUGCCUUGGAGUGGCAAAGAUGUGUGUGCAAGCCCUUCUGGAUCCAACGAGUCAUGGCCCUGAUUGGCCGAACACUCUUGAGAGGUCGUCGAGUGAUCUCAGCGAGAAGGCUUGGGAACCAUCACUCCUGCGGACGAAUAUACGUCCACGUCUCGUCCAGGAGUACCUCCACUGCUGCCUGCGACACUCCUCACGCGCCCGAUAAAACAGCUGGUGAUUGAAGCGAGUCAGGCGCUAGCUGAUGUACACCCGGCCGCCAC